GAUCCAAAUUUCAAAAUCAACCAAAAUGCAAAAAUAUCUACAAGGUUAGUACUUGAAAUGCCACUCGUAAAGGAGUAUAAAUAGUGCAAAUGGUUAAAUUCUCAAUAUAACAGCUCAACAUGCUCAGACUAUUGCCUCUCUCUGUUUUAAUCGUCGUGACACUUGGUGCAAAGCUUGAGUUCGGAACACGUCCGAGACUCGACGGAAGAAUCGUGGGUGGGAAACCAGUGAAGAUUGAGGAAUAUCCGUACCAAAUUUCAUUGCAAUCCCAUGGCAGCCAUGUUUGCGGAGGUUCAAUCAUUGGACCGAAUAAGAUUCUCACAGCGGCCCAUUGUACUAGCGGUUCUUCGGCAAGCUCUAUGACAGUUCGCCACUCGAGCACCUACAGAGGUUCGCAGGGUGUUGUAAUUAAGGUGGCGCACAUUGCCCAAAAUCCGGCGUACAAUCCAUUUGACAUUAGCAAUGAUGUCAGCGUAUUAACUUUAACCGAAAGCAUAAAAGAAUCAGACAUCGGCAAGCCGAUCAAGCUUGUCGAAUUCAAUGCCGUAGAAGGUGGUCGCAAGGCCGUUUGCACCGGAUGGGGCACGCUUUCUUCUGGAGGAUUCCUUCCGCUAGAACUGCAAGCCGUAGACGUUAUGGAAGUUAACAGAACGAAAUGUAAUAAGAGUUACGGUGGAGGUAUCACCGACACUAUGAUCUGCUUCGGUAGUCCGGGCAAAGACUCUUGCCAAGGAGAUUCUGGUGGACCACUCGUUGUUGAUGGAAAACAAGUUGGAAUCGUGUCGUGGGGUUACGGAUGCGCUGAUCCCGAUCAUCCUGGUGUAUACGCCCAUGUAGCCGCUCUCCGAAAUUUCAUCGACAAAAACUGAAACUCGACAGUCUACAGCCUAUUUCAAAUAAAUGCGAAACAUUA